ACUUUCUGUACAAAUAGAAAUACAUCUUCUGCUAUUGUAGAAUCUAGUUCUUGUCCCGCUACCGCUCUUGUAGUUUAGCUUGAAACUACUCUUCUUGUCUCUAUACGCAUUUGUUUCUGGAAGGUUUUUGAUCUUUUUCUUUUCUUCGAGCACAACUCAGGCCCCAGUCACAAAGCAAGAGAUCACGACCAUGUACGCCCGAACUAAGGCUGGCAACAGCAGCACCACCGCCGGCAUGUCUUUGCCGCACCACGACCUUCCCCUCAUCGCUUCCGCCACCGUCUCCGAUUUUGGCAGCAGCGCCGAAUUGGACCCGGAUCGAACGGGCACUAGCAAGCGACGCACCACCUCCCAGUUCUGCGGCUGCGGGCGGAGCCGACCCAAGUCGGAGCUACCCGCGAAGAUGGAUUUAAAAGAGAAGCAGGAACUUGCCUCCACCUCGAAUCUCUCGGAGCAGGAAGUUGAGGCCUUGUACGCCCGGUUCCGGCGUGUCGCCUGCCCGAACAAAACCAUGACCAUCCAGCAGUUCCGGGGAACGUUGGGGAUACUGGGGAUGAGCCAGAACAAUUACUUGCCCGACGCGCUCUACCGGGUGUUCACCGGCGGAACGGGGGAGGAGUUGACGUACGUCCAGUUCAUCCAGCACUUAGCGAUAAUGCUGCGGGGCACGACGGAGGAAAAGUUGAUUUUGUCAUUUUCUCUUUCCUUAACGUCCGACGGAAUUGACGUAGGGGACCACGUGGUCGGGGAAGAACAUAAUUUGGUGUCGCAAUUCUUGGAAACAAACCAGCAGGAACCGAUUACGACGAUCGCCACCGGAAAUAUUAGCAGAACAGACGCUACUAGCAGUUCUAGCAUGAAGAAAACCGGCGUACCAGGUGGGCCGACUGUAUCAUCUUUGGCGAAGCAAGUCAGCUUCAAGACGACAACGUCGGCGGGAUUGUCGCCUGACACAGCCAGUGGUGGGGCUGCUGGAAUUGUAUUUGGCUCCCCCGAUAGAAAUGCUGGUGCGCAGCAGGAUAGUUGUACUACCGCCCUGGAUCAGAGAACCAAUACCUCGGAUAGUGGGCAACCUGCCCUACAGCAAGCAGGAGCUGUACAACAAGCUUCGCAGCCUCCCCCACCGAGCCAGAGCGACUCUUCUCCGCCGACAUCAGGCCCGACAACAUCUGCCCAUUAUGGAGGUGAUUCACAAAUAAACUCGAGACCGCCGCAGUUACCAGCCUCGUCCUCCUCUACUCUCCCCACAGGGUCGAAGCCCAUGCGCAGUGCCGCUUCGCGCUUGCAAAAAAAGAUGCGGCUGGGGGCGCGGCAGGGGCAAAACUACGGGAUUCGGUUGGCGCAGUUUCGCGAGCUAAUCCGCGCGAUUGACCAGACGACAAACUCCUUGCUCCCGGCGGCGUUCCAGAAACAGAUUUCCGAAGAAACGAUUGAGGAACUGUUCUACAGAAUCGCGGCAAACGACUUCCCCGCGAGGAAUGCGGCGCGCUUACGAGGGCGGUACUCCGCCGCACCGUACGGCAGGACGGCGAGGUCGACAUCCAUGGUGCAGGCGGGUGGAGACGGCGGGGGUUUGCUCGCUUUGGUAGAUGAUUUUUUCACGAUGAAGAUUAUUUGUCCUCACUCCUGUAGUCACAAUGUCGCUGUCGUGAUGUCGGUGCUCAUAUUCUAGCUCUAUAAUACAAUAAGUAGUAAAAGAACACAUGACCGCCUCCCUGAAUGCCUCCAACUUCCGUAACCAAACGCAUGAUCAGGCCGCCGACCCGCGCCGCCCGGGAACUCCUACCUACCCUGCGGUUUACUACUCCAAACGUUCUUCGCCAACCUCUACUGACGGCUCCAACAUCUAUUUCCGAAGCAAGGACACGGCGAUCUCCGCGCUGCUCGGGACGACCUCUAGUGCUGGUGGCGCCCCGCCACGGAAAGAAAACGAACCGCAAGCUCGCAUAAGCUACGAUCCGGGCGGAGGACUUGCAGAGCAACAGCAGCCGAUACCGGGUACAACUACAGCAGCAGGAGUAAAUAAUCCAAACACGACGGCGAUGAUGCUUGCGACGUCCUCUGGGGAAGAGACGGAUGAAAAUUUCUUCGGAACCAUGGCAAAUAAUCACACUUCUUUGUCCCGACCCGAUUUUCGCGCUAAACCCGCGAUGAUCUCCCUCGAGGCGUACAAAAACGCCGUCAAGCACUGUCCCGAAUUCCUGGAGUUGAUCGGGCUACUCCCCUCCACGGCUGCGCUGAACGCGAACGAGCCUCUGCCACCCCAGCAAUUCCAGCACAACGAACAGGUGUGGAAAAUCCACCAGCCGACCGAAUUCUGGUCUUUGUUGUUGGAGCUCCGGGAGCAAGUGCAACGGUUGCAGGCCCUACAGGAAGUAGAGGGAGAGGGCGAGCACGACUAUAAUUUCGCCGGUGGGGGGAGCGGAAGCAAAAUGGCGAUUGAAACAGACACUGACGCUGAGCUGGAACCGCAUUCAACACAAGCACUGGAAAUAAAUCACGACCGUUCAUCAUCGGAUCUAGUUGUUGGCGCAAACCACCAGAUGAAGUCAAUCUCAGUGGACAACAACAAGAAAUCUUCACAGAGUGAUCUGGUUGCCCCGAACCCGAAUCCGCGCGACACGGUGGGCGAUCCCGAUUCUGAGGCUC